AUGUUUCACCUGCUCAUCAAAUCACAGACAAGUAAUCUCAUAAGACUGCUGAGACAAGUAAUUCCUUCCUCAAUCUCGUCAACAUCGCCGAUGUUGAAUGCGCUGAUCAACAAUACCCAAGCAUCCUCAUUACCAAGUAUCUCACCAUUCCAAUCGAUAUUGGGCCUCAUACAAAAGAGAUUCAAAGCAAGAGGUAAUACUUACCAACCAUCCACCUUAAAGAGAAAAAGAACAUUCGGCUUUUUGGCAAGACUCAGAACAAAAGGAGGUCAAAAAGUUCUUACUAGAAGAAGAGCUAAGGGAAGAUGGUACUUGUCGCAUUAA